AUGUCACAAAGAGGCUGCCGAGGAGGGAAGGCCACCUGCCCCUGCUCUUUUCCUGCACCAGCCAUGUGCCUAACACUUCUCUGCUGUGUGGCCCUCUGUGUCUGGGGAGUGGGCUCGGUGGACACUGAGGUCACCCAGGAUCCUGGACAUCUGGUCAAAGGAAAAGGACAGAAAGUGAAGAUGACUUGUCUCCCCAUAAAAGGACAUAGUUAUGUUUAUUGGUAUCGUCGGAAGCUGGGAGAAGAGCUCAAGUUUAUGGUUUAUCUACAGAAUGAAAAAAUUAUUGAGAAAACGGACAUGAUCAAUGAGCGGUGUUCAGCUCAAUGCCCCCAAAACUCCCCAUGCCACCUGGAAAUACAGUCAACGGAGCCAGGGGACUCAGCUUUGUACUUCUGUGCCAGCAGCCAAUCCACAGUGCUGAAUGUCAGCUUUUCUUAG